AUGGCACCUAAUUAUCCAUGGUCAAGAUCGCAACCUUCUUCCUCAUCGUCAUCAUCAUCAAAUAAUAACAACAACACACAGCAAAAUGGAAAUGAGCAUGCUACACCUACACAACGCAAUAUGGAUUCUUCAAGACCUAUAGUAGUUUCAGCAUCUGGUAUAUCAACCAAUUCACCUGCUAUACAUAAUCCAAACUUGAAUUUAAAUGUAGAUUCACCGUCAACUUUAAGAGCAAGAGUCUCAUCACCUAGAUAUUCAAAUACGAUCACUCAAGCUAAUGUAGAAUCAUUUCAAAAUGAGAAUGUAUCUUAUCCUUCUCCAGUUGACAGUAUAAAAAGAGGCAAAUCAAAGAAAAAGAAUAAAUCACAAGGCGGCGGUUGGAUAGAAUUAACUGGUACACCUUCACCUUCCAAAUCCAAUUACAAUCACAAUUACAAUUACAAACAGAAUGAUCAUUCGAAUUCACCAAUAAUACCUAAAUAUGAUCCAAGAGGUUAUCCAAUAACCACGAGGGAGGAAAGACAUGAUAAUUGGAAUACGAUUCAAAGAUCACCUGAAUCAUACAAGUAUGGAAAUGAAGGAUCAGCCUCGAGAAUGGCAAACGGUGGUUACGGAUUAAGAUCAUCACAAUCGAAUGAUUCUCUAUCUUCUGAAAUAUCAUCAACGGGUGCAGGUGUAAAUGAAGAAAACUCUAAAUUCUUAUCUACAGGUUCGAAUAGACCGACUUCAUAUUAUUUACCCAAUUACUCUUCUUCCGGUUCUGGUUCUGGUUCUGCUUCGGGUUCAGGUUCAGGCGCAAGUUCAUCUAGUCAUGGACCAUCACCGACUACUCUAUAUCCACCAAAUCUGGAUUAUUCUCUAUCGAAUCCUUCUUAUUCACCUUAUGACAAUGUGGCCAACGGUGGUAUAGUGCCCAAUCCAAAUCCCUUACCUAGUCUUUAUGGCGAUUCAAGGGUUUCUCUAAACUCAAUGAAUAGUGGUGAAAGUAUGACGCAUUUUAGGCAACAUGAUCAUCUAAGACAUAUGGAUAAUGGUGAAAGAGGUUAUGGAUACAGUAAUUUGAGUAUAACAAGUAAAGGUGGUAAAAAACAUUUAUCGGAUAUGUUCUCAUUGCCCGCAGACCCAGCAACAUGGUCAAAUCUAGGCCCAGAAGCAGAUGACGAUUUCCAUGAUCCUGAUUAUCGUCCAGCCAACAAGAGCCGUUUCCAUGCUGCCAUUUUUACAGCUCGAGGAGCAGCCAAUCUGGGUUGUUUGCUCAUGAUGGUUCUUGUUCUAACGAUGCUUUUCGCUGGAUAUCCUAUACUGGAUUACUAUCUAGGGCAGAAACAGAUUUCAUCUAAUGGGGCUUUCAAUCUCGGUGGUAUAAAUGCAACUGGCCAAAUACCCGACAUCGGUGCCUUUCAGUUGAUCGACAAAGAUACUCCGCAAUCAGCGUAUACCUGGACAAGUCUGGAAACGGGCGAGGAUUGGGAUUUGAUCUUCUCAGAUGAAUUCAAUAAUGAUGGCAGGACUUUUUUUGAUGGCGACGACCCGUAUUGGGAAGCAGUAGAUCUACAUUAUUGGCAAACGAACAAUCUGGAAUGGUAUGAUCCACGAAUGGUAACUACUACAGGUGGACACUUGCAGAUAACGCUGGAUAAAGUUGCAACGAACGGGAUGAACUAUACUGGUGGAAUGAUUUCAACAUGGAACCGACUCUGUUUCACUGGUGGAUAUGUGGAAGCAUCAGUGUCAUUACCUGGAACAAGUAGUGUUUACGGUCUUUGGCCAGCUAUUUGGACUAUGGGUAAUCUUGGUAGAGCGGGAUAUGGUGGUUCAUUAGAUGGAAUGUGGCCUUAUAGUUAUGACUCUUGUGAUGUUGGUACAUUACCUAAUCAAACUUUGAACGGUAAACCGGAGAUCACAACCACAGAAGGAGAUCCCACAUAUGAUUAUAGUCUAUCAUAUCUACCAGGUCAAAGAUUGUCAAGAUGCACUUGUACGAAUGAUAAGACUCAUCCAGGUCCGCAGCUUUCCAAUGGUACUUUCAGAGGUAGGAGUGCGCCGGAAAUUGACAUGUUCGAAGCUACUGUCGAUUCUACACUAUUACAAGGUGAAGUGUCACAAUCUGGCCAAUGGGCACCAUUUAAUCCUCACUAUUAUUUCCUCAAUACCUCUACGAAUUAUUACGAUGUAUACGAUGACGAUGUAACGAAGAUCAAUACUUAUAUGGGAAGUAUAUAUCAGCAAGCUACUUCUGGACUAUCGGUGACUGAUCAAGUGAGUCAUUGUUCGCUAACUGCUAGUAUGUUGUUUUACUCUAACUCUACACCCUUUUUCAGCGGUUCGCAUAUUCAAGGUAUUGAUGAGUUUAUCCGUCCUCAUAGUACCCAAAACACCGGCUGUUUCUCUGCAUACGGGUUUGAAUAUUCCCCUGGAGCAGAUGGGUAUAUCACUUGGGUCAGUAAUGCCAAGAAAGCAUGGACUGUCAGGGGUGCAGCUAUGGCCCCAAACGCAGACGCGAUGGUCGGGCAAAGGUUAGUAUCGGAGGAGCCAAUGUACUUGAUCAUGAAUCUCGGUAUCUCAGAGAACUUCGGUGCGGUAGACUAUGACGGUUUGGAAAAGCUUUGGCCAGUAAAGAUGUUGGUUGAUUAUAUCCGAGUAUAUCAGGACCCUAAUCAAAGGAAUUUGGGCUGUGAUCCUGCCGCUAUGCCUACCGCUAAAUACAUCUCCUUAUACCCUGAUGCGUACAAUAACCCAAACAUCACUAUAAUGGAGCAAAUACCUAACUUUACGAAACCGAAAAACACUUUAGUCGAUACUUGUUAA